GUACUAAAGCUAGAAAAAUUGGGCUAAGAAGUUGCCAAUUUUUUCUUCCACAAAUUUUCAUUUCAACCCACUUGCAAUUUGCAACCAUGGCAUCUCUCCAGCAGAGUAGCCUAACAUUUGCUACAAAAGUUCCUUCUUUUUGUUCCUUCUCUCCCACUCCCAACACCUUCAAGUUUCUUCACCCUUUCCCUUCCUCUGCUAUUCCUCUCACCGCCACUACGCCAAAACGAAUUUCUAGUUUUGUGCCUAAAGCUGCUGCUUCCACCGCUGCCUUUGCUCAAGACAUUGGUGAUGUACUUGCAGAUGUUUCAAUUUUCACUGCUACUGGUCAGUCCGUCAAGUUUGAGGUCCUUUGGGAUCAAAAUGAGGGAGUAGCUGUUGUUGCACUUCUGAGGCAUUUUGGCUGUCCUUGCUGCUGGGAACUUGCUAAAGCACUCAAAGAGACAAAGGAGAGAUUUGAUUCUGCUGGUGUAAAGCUAAUUGCAGUUGGUAUUGGUGCUCCUAACAAAGCACGUAUUCUUGCUGAAAGGUUACCAUUUCCAUUGGAUUGCUUGUAUGCUGAUCCAGACCGCAAGGCAUACGAUGUUCUAGGCCUGUAUUAUGGUGUUGGCCGCACAUUUUUCAACCCAGCUAGUGCCAAAGUGCUCUCUAGAUUCAAUGAACUGCGGGAAGCUACGAAGAACUACACCAUUGAAGCAACCCCUGAUGACAGAAGUGGUGUCUUGCAGCAGGGAGGGAUGUUUCUGUUUAAAGGGAAGCAGUUGUUGUAUGCAUGGAAGGAUGAAGGGACCGGUGACCAUGCUCCUAUGGAAGAUAUCUUUGAUAUUUGCUGCAAAGUUCCUGUUGCAUAAAUGCCUCCAAUCUGUGUUUCAUCUCUAUUCGAAUUUCCAAGGGAAGUGGAUGCAUAUAUUGGUUUAGUUCUCUAAUUGUAUAUGUUGUAUGUAAUUCUGAAACUUGUAACUAAGGGCUCAUUUGGUACAAGCAUUAAGGGAUAAUUUUUAAUUUUAGGAUGGGUUGGGAUUAAAUCGUGAAAUAACUUGUUCCAUCGCCUCUAGUUAUAUGAGGAUGAGAGGUAAAUAGUCCAUAUCAAAAUUUGAAAUUGAAUGAAAUUAUAUUUAGUACUGGAGUAUCACAAAGGUUAUGUUUUGGUAAA